UCCCUGAAUAUUGCGGGAAAGAUAACCUCAAGGUUGUCUCACACGCUGAAUAUAUUUUCAUGGCUGAUAUUCUAGCAGACUUACAAGAUUCAUUUACAAGCAAUGAUGUUUGUCGACAGCAUGUGCUAAUAGUGAAAAUUGAAGAAUGGAGUCGUAUCCGUAUCGACGCAAACAAUGCCAAAAUGAUCAAUGAUUGCCUGGAGAAAGUCCUAUCUAUUUAUUAUUCUCACUCCUUUCUCGGUUGUUCCUUAUGUAAAAGCAAUGACCGCAUGAUAUGGACUUCUCUUUUGGCUUCAUUUUUGGAUUCGAAGAAAGUGCUUGACAACAGUUCCAGACUUGGCUUAAAAGAUAUUUUACUGGUUGAGUUCACACUUUCAGGGGAAAGCAUAUAUUUGAUCGAUGUUCUUCUGCAAAUGAACACUGCUGUUUCUACCCCUGACUUUGCAGCUGCAGUAACCAAGAGGAUAUUUUCUAUGGAUAAAACAAUUUUUAAAAGUUAUGUAAAUACUAUCAGAAUUCUGAUGCUUUAUAAAUGGUUGGAUCUUAACUUCCCCCAUAUUGUGAAGCCGACACAAGAACAACUUUCACGUAAAUAUUUAGAUGCAGAUUCUAUUUUCCGCUGGAUGCGCAAAAGGAUACCCACUAAAAUCAAAUUAGCCUAUUGGAAAACAUGCACAACAAAUGAAAAAAUUCAAAUGCUACUAAAUGCUUUCGAUUUAUCUACUUUAGCAAAAUUACUAAAUCCGUGUUCUGAUGAUGAUGUAGAGGGAAAAAAUAAUGAUAAUGCUGGUAAUCAGGUGAAAAUACAACGACAUAAACAGAAAGAAAAGCGAAAGUUAAAGGCUAAACAUCGGUUGUCAGCUCACGAUGGUGUUUAUUCAGCCAAAUGUAAAAAGGGAAAUCGAGCCUUUGAAAACAUGAAUACUCCAGAUGUAGAUAUUGAAUCAAUAAUCAAUCACGAGUUGGCAGAGGAGGAAAUUUAUGAGAUUCACACUAACUCUAAAAGGGAGUUACCAACAGAUUCGCCUGAACUAAAUACCAAAAGAAGAAAACUAACGGGCAACACUAACGUUGAAACCAUAAAUGAGGUACCAGAAUUUCUACGGCUUGACGAUUCCCCCUCCGUCAUGGAAGAUAGUGGCGACAACAAAGGCGAAGACGACACACCACUGGAAGCAAAUAUACCAACGAAAAUCAAUAACACCAUAAGUCCAAUGGGUAGUCCGGACACACCAAGAAAGCGUAAAAGUGCAACACCUAUUCCUGACAAAGGUGAAAUCGGUUCCAAUAUCAGUAGCCCCACUACGGCGAAUCAGCGUGAGAGGAAUAUGGACCAGACAGAUUCACUUGCGUACAUAAGCCUAGACGGGCUGAUAGGAGGGAGUGGAAGUUCGCUGGAUGGGAAACCAGUGGUGUCAACCACACCGACGAGAGGAGAUGAAACACAAAGUCGGAAUACCCCAAGAAAGCGUAAAAGCGCAACACCUAUUCCUGACAAAGGUGAAAUCGGUUCCAAUAUCAGUAGCCCCACUACGGCGAAUCAGCGUGAGAGGAAUAUGGACCAGACAGAUUCACUUGCGUACAUAAGCCUAGACGGGCUGAUAGGAGGGAGUGGAAGUUCGCUGGAUGGGAAACCAGUGGUGUCAACCACACCGACGAGAGGAGAUGAAACACAAAGUCGGAAUACCCCAAGAAAGCGUAAAAGCGCAACACCUAUUCCUGACAAAGGUGAAAUCGGUUCCAAUAUCAGUAGCCCCACUACGGCGAAUCAGCGUGAGAGGAAUAUGGACCAGACAGAUUCACUUGCGUACAUAAGCCUAGACGGGCUGAUAGGAGGGAGUGGAAGUUCGCUGGAUGGGAAACCAGUGGUGUCAACCACACCGACGAGAGGAGAUGAAACACAAAGUCGGAAUACCCCAAGAAAGCGUAAAAGCGCAACACCUAUUCCUGACAAAGGUGAAAUCGGUUCCAAUAUCAGUAGCCCCACUACGGCGAAUCAGCGUGAGAGGAAUAUGGACCAGACAGAUUCACUUGCGUACAUAAGCCUAGACGGGCUGAUAGGAGGGAGUGGAAGUUCGCUGGAUGGGAAACCAGUGGUGUCAACCACACCGACGAGAGGAGAUGAAACACAAAGUCGGAAUACCCCAAGAAAGCGUAAAAGUGCAACACCUAUUCCUGACAAAGGUGAAAUCGGUUCCAAUAUCAGUAGCCCCACUACGGCGAAUCAGCGUGAGAGGAAUAUGGACCAGACAGAUUCACUUGCGUACAUAAGCCUAGACGGGCUGAUAGGAGGGAGUGGAAGUUCGCUGGAUGGGAAACCAGUGGUGUCAACCACACCGACGAGAGGAGAUGAAACACAAAGUCGGAAUACCCCAAGAAAGCGUAAAAGCGCAACACCUAUUCCUGACAAAGGUGAAAUCGGUUCCAAUAUCAGUAGCCCCACUACGGCGAAUCAGCGUGAGAGGAAUAUGGACCAGACAGAUUCACUUGCGUACAUAAGCCUAGACGGGCUGAUAGGAGGGAGUGGAAGUUCGCUGGAUGGGAAACCAGUGGUGUCAACCACACCGACGAGAGGAGAUGAAACACAAAGUCGGAAUACCCCAAGAAAGCGUAAAAGUGCAACACCUAUUCCUGACAAAGGUGAAAUCGGUUCCAAUAUCAGUAGCCCCACUACGGCGAAUCAGCGUGAGAGGAAUAUGGACCAGACAGAUUCACUUGCGUACAUAAGCCUAGACGGGCUGAUAGGAGGGAGUGGAAGUUCGCUGGAUGGGAAACCAGUGGUGUCAACCACACCGACGAGAGGAGAUGAAACACAAAGUCGGAAUACCCCAAGAAAGCGUAAAAGCGCAACACCUAUUCCUGACAAAGGUGAAAUCGGUUCCAAUAUCAGUAGCCCCACUACGGCGAAUCAGCGUGAGAGGAAUAUGGACCAGACAGAUUCACUUGCGUACAUAAGCCUAGACGGGCUGAUAGGAGGGAGUGGAAGUUCGCUGGAUGGGAAACCAGUGGUGUCAACCACACCGACGAGAGGAGAUGAAACACAAAGUCGGAAUACCCCAAGAAAGCGUAAAAGUGCAACACCUAUUCCUGACAAAGGUGAAAUCGGUUCCAAUAUCAGUAGCCCCACUACGGCGAAUCAGCGUGAGAGGAAUAUGGACCAGACAGAUUCACUUGCGUACAUAAGCCUAGACGGGCUGAUAGGAGGGAGUGGAAGUUCGCUGGAUGGGAAACCAGUGGUGUCAACCACACCGACGAGAGGAGAUGAAACACAAAGUCGGAAUACCCCAAGAAAGCGUAAAAGCGCAACACCUAUUCCUGACAAAGGUGAAAUCGGUUCCAAUAUCAGUAGCCCCACUACGGCGAAUCAGCGUGAGAGGAAUAUGGACCAGACAGAUUCACUUGCGUACAUAAGCCUAGACGGGCUGAUAGGAGGGAGUGGAAGUUCGCUGGAUGGGAAACCAGUGGUGUCAACCACACCGACGAGAGGAGAUGAAACACAAAGUCGGAAUACCCCAAGAAAGCGUAAAAGCGCAACACCUAUUCCUGACAAAGGUGAAAUCGGUUCCAAUAUCAGUAGCCCCACUACGGCGAAUCAGCGUGAGAGGAAUAUGGACCAGACAGAUUCACUUGCGUACAUAAGCCUAGACGGGCUGAUAGGAGGGAGUGGAAGUUCGCUGGAUGGGAAACCAGUGGUGUCAACCACACCGACGAGAGGAGAUGAAACACAAAGUCGGAAUACCCCAAGAAAGCGUAAAAGCGCAACACCUAUUCCUGACAAAGGUGAAAUCGGUUCCAAUAUCAGUAGCCCCACUACGGCGAAUCAGCGUGAGAGGAAUAUGGACCAGACAGAUUCACUUGCGUACAUAAGCCUAGACGGGCUGAUAGGAGGGAGUGGAAGUUCGCUGGAUGGGAAACCAGUGGUGUCAACCACACCGACGAGAGGAGAUGAAACACAAAGUCGGAAUACCCCAAGAAAGCGUAGAAGUGCAACACCUAUUCCUGACAAAGGUGAAAUCGGUUCCAAUAUCAGUAGCCCCACUACGGCGAAUCAGCGUGAGAGGAAUAUGGACCAGACAGAUUCACUUGCGUACAUAAGCCUAGACGGGCUGAUAGGAGGGAGUGGAAGUUCGCUGGAUGGGAAACCAGUGGUGUCAACCACACCGACGAGAGGAGAUGAAACACAAAGUCGGAAUACCCCAAGAAAGCGUAAAAGCGCAACACCUAUUCCUGACAGUGAGUACACCUUUCCACUAAUUAUGAUUUUUGUCUGUUCAGAAGGUGAAAUCGGUUCCAAUAUCAGUAGCCCCACUACGGCGAAUCAGCGUGAGAGGAAUAUGGACCAGACAGAUUCACUUGCGUACAUAAGCCUAGACGGGCUGAUAGGAGGGAGUGGAAGUUCGCUGGAUGGGAAACCAGUGGUGUCAACCACACCGACGAGAGGAGAUGAAACACAAAGUCGGAAUACCCCAAGAAAGCGUAAAAGUGCAACACCUAUUCCUGACAAAGGUGAAAUCGGUUCCAAUAUCAGUAGCCCCACUACGGCGAAUCAGCGUGAGAGGAAUAUGGACCAGACAGAUUCACUUGCGUACAUAAGCCUAGACGGGCUGAUAGGAGGGAGUGGAAGUUCGCUGGAUGGGAAACCAGUGGUGUCAACCACACCGACGAGAGGAGAUGAAACACAAAGUCGGAAUACCCCAAGAAAGCGUAAAAGCGCAACACCUAUUCCUCACAAAGGUGAAAUCGGUUCCAAUAUCAGUAGCCCCACUACGGCGAAUCAGCGUGAGAGGAAUAUGGACCAGACAGAUUCACUUGCGUACAUAAGCCUAGACGGGCUGAUAGGAGGGAGUGGAAGUUCGCUGGAUGGGAAACCAGUGGUGUCAACCACACCGACGAGAGGAGAUGAAACACAAAGUCGGAAUAUCCCAAGAAAGCGUAGAAGUGCAACACCUAUUCCUGACAAAGGUGAAAUCGGUUCCAAUAUCAGUAGCCCCACUACGGCGAAUCAGCGUGAGAGGAAUAUGGACCAGACAGAUUCACUUGCGUACAUAAGCCUAGACGGGCUGAUAGGAGGGAGUGGAAGUUCGCUGGAUGGGAAACCAGUGGUGUCAACCACACCGACGAGAGGAGAUGAAACACAAAGUCGGAAUACCCCAAGAAAGCGUAAAAGCGCAACACCUAUUCCUGACAAAGGUGAAAUCGGUUCCAAUAUCAGUAGCCCCACUACGGCGAAUCAGCGUGAGAGGAAUAUGGACCAGACAGAUUCACUUGCGUACAUAAGCCUAGACGGGCUGAUAGGAGGGAGUGGAAGUUCGCUGGAUGGGAAACCAGUGGUGUCAACCACACCGACGAGAGGAGAUGAAACACAAAGUCGGAAUACCCCAAGAAAGCGUAAAAGCGCAACACCUAUUCCUGACAAAGGUGAAAUCGGUUCCAAUAUCAGUAGCCCCACUACGGCGAAUCAGCGUGAGAGGAAUAUGGACCAGACAGAUUCACUUGCGUACAUAAGCCUAGACGGGCUGAUAGGAGGGAGUGGAAGUUCGCUGGAUGGGAAACCAGUGGUGUCAACCACACCGACGAGAGGAGAUGAAACACAAAGUCGGAAUACCCCAAGAAAGCGUAAAAGCGCAACACCUAUUCCUGACAAAGGUGAAAUCGGUUCCAAUAUCAGUAGCCCCACUACGGCGAAUCAGCGUGAGAGGAAUAUGGACCAGACAGAUUCACUUGCGUACAUAAGCCUAGACGGGCUGAUAGGAGGGAGUGGAAGUUCGCUGGAUGGGAAACCAGUGGUGUCAACCACACCGACGAGAGGAGAUGAAACACAAAGUCGGAAUACCCCAAGAAAGCGUAAAAGCGCAACACCUAUUCCUGACAAAGGUGAAAUCGGUUCCAAUAUCAGUAGCCCCACUACGGCGAAUCAGCGUGAGAGGAAUAUGGACCAGACAGAUUCACUUGCGUACAUAAGCCUAGACGGGCUGAUAGGAGGGAGUGGAAGUUCGCUGGAUGGGAAACCAGUGGUGUCAACCACACCGACGAGAGGAGAUGAAACACAAAUUCGGAAUAUCCCAAGAAAGCGUAGAAGUGCAACACCUAUUCCUGACAAAGGUGAAAUCGGUUCCAAUAUCAGUAGCCCCACUACGGCGAAUCAGCGUGAGAGGAAUAUGGACCAGACAGAUUCACUUGCGUACAUACGCCUAGACGAAGGUGAAAUCGGUUCCAAUAUCAGUAGCCCCACUACGGCGAAUCAGCGUGAGAGGAAUAUGGACCAGACAGAUUCACUUGCGUACAUAAGCCUAGACGGGCUGAUAGGAGGGAGUGGAAGUUCGCUGGAUGGGAAACCAGUGGUGUCAACCACACCGACGAGAGGAGAUGAAACACAAAGUCGGAAUACCCCAAGAAAGCGUAAAAGUGCAACACCUAUUCCUGACAAAGGUGAAAUCGGUUCCAAUAUCAGUAGCCCCACUACGGCGAAUCAGCGCGAGAGGAAUAUGGUUUGUGAUGCAGUAGCAAUGGUUCCAGUGGUGGAUAUAGGUUUGAACGGAAUCGCUUUGGAAACUUCUGGGAUGUUGGUAGCGGAAAGGAAAAUGUAUGUGGGAAGAAUGCUGUUUCGGAUAAACGGAGAAGUGUUCACAAUACUUCACGUACGCCAACAGUAGGACGUAACCGGUACUCGCUACGCACAAGAAAGUCGCUGAAAUAAAUUGAUAAUUUUUCCACUUACAGAGACUGCUUCUUAUCACAACAUUUUUCCAACUACCUUUGUGUACUGUAGACUGAAACUGGUGUAGAUGCUUACUGUUUGGUCAGUUUAUGAUAGAUUCAACUUAAUGUAAUAAAUUUUAUGAGAAAUAAACUAAAUUGUAUUUGAAGUGGU